AUGGUUUUAAUGGAUAUGCCAAAAGAAGCCUCGGGUGGGUGCACUGGACAAACAGGGCCGUGCACCACUCGCGGAGAAAGGUCGCCUCAGCGAGAUUAUGAAGACCGCAUUAUACAGGGCUCUGCUAGCCAGAGCAUAGAAAAGUACGUUUUUAAACGAAGUACUUUGGUAGGCAGAUCACCAUCUAAAACAUCUACCGACGAAAAAGAAGAAACGAGUGAGUCAGUAAGUGAGGAAAGUGAAAUCAGUAAGUCAGUAAGUGAAAUGAAUACAACGAUAAUAGAAAUAGAAGGGGAUGAAGAUGAAGGAAAUCUAGAGAACAGUACUCCGAGAAACAUGAGAACGUGGUCCUUUGAAAGUAUAGCGAAAAGUGAAAGAGGAUCUAGAGAUGAUGGAAUUGAGAAGGAAGAAAGAGAGAGACAGAAGCAAGAAGAAGAAAGAAAGGAGAAAAUAGAGCAAGGGCAGAAAAUGAAACACGAGGUGACUAAGUUAUCACAAUUGAUAAAAGUGUUUAGAGGUAAUAUUGAAAAUAACACCAAGAAGGAAUUGAAGAGAGCAGUAAAUGUUUUGGAAAGAAUAGGAGCAGAAUUUGAAAAACCAAAAAUGAAGAAAUGGUUGGAAGAAAGUGCGAUAGAACCGAAGAAUGACGAGGAAAAGAAAAUAGAGGCAAGGAAUCGUGAAGGAAAGGAAAAUGUAAAGAGAAUAGAAAAAGACGUGGCAACGCAAGGUACACAGACAGAAUCGAUUAGUGAAGAACAGUUAAAUGAAGAAUGCCUCGAUGAUGAACUGUUAAAGAAAGUUAGUACCUACGAAGAGUGGAACGAAGUGAAAGAAUGGAAGUGGGAGGAGAGAUGCUACAAAAAAACAAAAAUUGUCAGGUUAAACCCAGCUUGGCAAAAGCCUGAAGAAAACAGGAUAAAGGUGGUAAUAGUGGAGAAUGGUGAUGAACAAAUGGAAAAAGGCGUACAAUAUUUGUAUAAAAGGAAGUAA